AUGGAGUUGACUUUGGAGUUCGGGGGGGGCCUGGAGCAGCUGGUUCUUGGCGAAAAGAAAAGAAUGAAAGUGCACUUUUCCGAAGCAAGUCCUCGCGUGAAACUCUUUCACGUAAUAUCUUUUGUGGCGCGUCGUUUGUUGUCGGGGAAGGCGGAGUUGUUCGCAGGUGCCUAUACACCCCAGGACGCUGGGGUGUAUGCGCAGCUCCAGGCGGACCGCCGCGCGCUCGGCGAGUUCAAAACAGAUUUUUUGCGGGAAAGUGCGGAAUCUGAGUUUGAAAAAGGCUCGGCGAAAGAAGAAGUGCAAAAUGAAACUCCUUUUCCGCAACUUACCGCAGAAUCGCGGCUUAGUUCCCCCGCUUUCCACACCCGGGACCUCCUCGCCGGCUGCAUGCAAACCAGAGCCGGAGUCCUCGCACUUGUCAACGAAGUCGACUCCGAAGUUCUCCAGGGACUCCAAACGCCAGUCAGCCACGGAGACACCGUCACCUUCAUUUCCACGCUCCACGGCGGAUAG